CGACAUAGUUGGUUGCUGGGUUAGAGAUUUUAAAUUUCAUCCGAGAAGUUGCAUUUGUUGUGACAUUUUUGUUUUGUGCAUAAAAAGAUUUAUUUGAUAAAUUUUUGAAUUGCUAACUGCCGGAAUAUGCCAGACGACGAUGACCUAAGUGAUGAGUUCAGUCGGCGACUGCAAGAAUUCACUAUGAAAAAGAGGGACAUGCUGUUUUCAGAGGUUGAUCUGAGUGACUGUGUGGCUGGUUCUGGCAUCUACCAUCAUAAACUACUGGACAUCAAUUCUAAUGAAAACUUCACCAAUGUACCUCCUUUAGAAGUUUUCAUGGAUGUCCCAAAAACGUCGAGAAUUGAUCAUUUUUAUAAGAAUGUGGAGAAAGGGAAUGUGCUUACUGGUGUCAUAACAUCAGUAAUUGAUGUCGGCUUCUACAUGAAUCUGUUGGCCGUUGACGUUGGCAAAGCUAGGAGUCUUCACGAUUUGAAACUAUCUGCCUUUUGUCCGAGUCGAGAAAUUGAGAAACAUCGACACCACGAUGACGUUCUGGAGCAGUUUGCCAUUAAGGAUGUUGUAAGAGCUGUGGUGAUAAAAGUGAACUUAGAUAAAAUAACUGUUUCCCUACAACAUCAUCAUCUCACAUCAUCUCUGAGAUCUAUCAAAUUGGGAAUAUUAUCAGAUGAGGAAAUAUCAUUAUAUUACAGUCGAACCCUGAAAUACGAAGGCCAGGCGUACAAUGACAUCAUGAAAAGUUCUCUGGAAUAUGAAAACCCAUCGAACAUCUCGAAUCUUGGAAUCAUGUUUGGGCUGAGUGGCCUCAAGUGUCGACCAUCUUUGAUGAGGGGGCUUUUCAAAGUUCAAUAUCCUGAAGAUUCUUAUGGCGAUUAUUUGAGAAAGAAGCAGUCAUAUAAGCUUGCUAUGAAGAAUAUAACGACGGCCGUAACGUACGUGAAGGCGGAGCAGAACAUUGAAGCCAUGCAAGUGCUGAAUAGGGCCCUAGAAAUUGACCCGGAUAACGUCGAGGGACUUGUUGUGAGAGGAGCGCUCCAAGGAAACAUUGGAAACUACAAAAAAGCCAUAGAAGAUUUUGACAAGGCAUUGAUUGUGGACCAACAUCACAGAAACGCCAACAAAUAUUUGCGCACCGUGCUCAUCAGCUUUGCUAAGAAUUUGAUAUCAGAGGACAAAACGCACCAGGCGAUUGAUCUGUUGAAGAGGGCGAGAGAUGUUAACAAAAAGGUGAGGGUAAAUUAUAAUAAUAGAGAUGGUGAUAUUGAAGAGGAGGAAGAGGAAGAAGAGGAUGUUGAAGAUGAGAUCAAUAAAUUGAUCACAACUGCAAAUAACAGGAAAGUUCUCCACCAUUCAAAUAAAAGUUUAGAUGAGGGUCCUAGCUGUGGUGGUGGUGGUGGCAGCGGUGGUUACGGCAAUAAUGAUGAGCGAAAGCAUCGGAGGUAUUCACAGAGUGGAUCCAGGGUUCAAUCGAAGUCGGCGUCUAGCAGCAAAUACUUGCCUGCCGUCAAGUAUUAUUCUCCAGUUCUGCUUAGUGAUGACGAUGCUGGAGAAGUUUUCGGACCACAGCUGCCUCCGAGUGAGGCGAAGAAAGCUGGUAAAUCCUUGAAGAGGAGAAGAAUGAGUAAGAGAACUUCAUCAUCCGAUGAUGAUAACAGUGGAUCAUCGUCGUCUAGCUCGUCAUCGUCUUCAUCUUCAUCAUCAUCAUCAUCUACGUCGUCAUCUUCGUCAGAUGAUAAUGAUGAGGAUGGAAGUAGUGAGGAACGUAAAAUAUUAGCUUCAACUGACGAUGCGUCGAAAAAUUCAAACGUUUCUAACCGUAGUGAAGUGGUGAAAUCAAAGUCGAACCAGAAGACAAAGAGAUUAAAAUCGUCAACAUCAUCAUCUUCAUCAUCCGGUGAAUCUGACGUGAAAACAAUUACGAAAUCGUCACAGAAAUUUGAUAAAUCAUCUAGUAAAAAAUCGCUCCAUUCCAAAACAUCAUACGAACACCAGAGCAAUUACCACAAAACUUACUACGACCGGAACAAACUUGACACUAAGCAUGAGCAACUCUUCAGGAAUAAAAGCAGUAAAUCGUACAGCGAUUCCAAACCAUCUCAUUACGAUUCUGAAUACAAUUCAAAACGCCUCAACAACUUAUCAGAAAAAUUCAGAACUGAAGCAAAACUUGGUAGGAACUAUGAGCAAAGGAAGGAAGUGUAUGGAAAAUCGAAACAGUAUACCGAUGACCAUAUAAAGAAAAAAUUAACUUACAAAAAUUAUGCCGGAGGUGAUGCCAUACAUGAUUCAAAAAGACUAAACGCGCCUGCAGAGAAUAAGAGUGCAACUGGCUUGAAUAAAGCUGAAAAUAACGCUGAAAAUAUUCCGGGUGAGAGUUUGGAAGAGAUGGAAUCAUUUUUAAAAGAAUUGAAAUCAAAGCAAAAGUUGAAUCGACCAAAGCAAUAAAUACCUUUCGUUAAUUAUUUUAAAUCAAUUUAUUGAUCUUUUUUUUUCAGUUACACCCAGUUUGUUAAAUAAAAAGUUCUUUCUGACCUCGUAAAAGUUUUCAAUAUUUAGGCGACAAAUAUGAA